UAAAAACAAUUAUGUGAAUCGCUUAUGGUGGGGGCGCCCCCCUCUCUCUCUCUCUGUCUCUUAUGGCUGGCAUCAUCUCUCUCUGAUUCACGGGCUGACCGUAUGCAUACAGAAGCACACACACAUAGUGGAACAAAAGACACUUGUUUCCAAGAUUCAACGCUCCCAGGAAUAAUCAACCCUAGCUGUACUCAUUGCACUAUAAUUUGGGGUAAAUUUUACAGUUAUUCGGUGGCUUCAGGACGACUGCUCUUUGAUAGCUUGUUCUGUGAGGACAAUGAGUCUGGCAUGUCUUGUAUGCCACAGCGUAGAAAGUCCAUCACAUUCCUUUAGAAGUUACUCGGUAUCAAGCUCAGAAAACGAAGGAAGAUGUUCCGCAAUUGCCAGUUGCUUGGCCAGGAAGACUGCGCUAAUGCAUCCGAGAGCCAAUAAUAGCAUCACAUCAUCUAAAGUGAUGCCACAACCCACCGUCCCAACUAAUGGAGUUGCAGGUGCACCUAGGCUUGUCCGAAGCCAUGCUGUCAGAAGGGACAUUGUGAGAGACUGGAACUUUGAUGAAGUACUUAUGGAACGUUAGCCAUAAACUCAACACAAGGAGCAGAACUGAGUGGAGCUUGACAUUAUCCAUAAGGAUGAGUUAUCUGUUUUUCAGUUAUUUUAUUGUUUCUUUUUUUCUCAAUAUCCACGCAUAGGUGCGAGCACUUUGUAACAAGGUGAAGAAACUUCGAAGAAGACCCUCCCAUCUGUUUAUAGCUUUCCCAUCUCUUUUUUGGUUUUUGUAAACUAAAUUCUUACCUGCGGGGUCUGGUUCUAUGGGUAAUACAUUAAUGUGGUUCCUUACUACA